AUGUCGACCCCAGCUAAGAGAAGACUCAUGCGAGAUUUCAAGAGGAUGCAACAAGAUCCACCUAGUGGAGUUUCUGCUUCACCUUUACCCGACAAUGUCAUGAAAUGGAAUGCAGUGAUUAUUGGACCUUCAGAGACUCCCUUUGAAGAUGGCACAUUCCGACUCGUGCUACAAUUUGACGAACAGUACCCUAAUAAACCGCCAGUUGUUAAAUUCAUACUGGAAAUGUUUCAUCCCAAUGUUUAUGCUUCUGGUGAAUUAUGUUUGGACAUAUUGCAAAAUCGAUGGUCACCCACUUAUGAUGUGAGUAGUAUAUUAACAAGUAUACAAAGUUUACUAAAUGAUCCGAACAUCUCAUCACCAGCAAAUGUGGAGGCGGCAAAUUUGUACAAAGAUCAUAGGAGUCAAUAUGUAAAGAGGGUAAAAGAAACAGUGGAGAAAUCAUGGAACGAUGAGAGCAGUGAUGAAGAGGAGGAAGACGAUGAUGAUGAAGAAGAAAAUGAUGAAGAGGACAUAGAUUGA